AUGCGGCAAAGACCUCCCAAGGCACCUCCCGUCUUGGACGUGCCGAAUAUCGAGGAGGAUGCACCGGAAAGAAAGCGGGUGUUGAACGUCUUGGCCCAGCGUAGAUACCGUGAGUUUCACCGCCUCGCCGACCUCCUUAGUUCCCCUCUACAUUGUACUGCACAUGGCCCUGGUGGCGCGCCUUUGUCACAUCUCGACGGCAUCGAGGCUGACUCUGAAGCAGGCGAACGCAAGAGACAAGACCGCCUCGCCAGGGAAAAGGGACGCGCCGAUGGCCCAGAGCGCUCGGUGUCUGAGACAUGCGCUGACAACGGCUCUCUGGCUGCUGCUGCUGGUGCUGCUCCACCCGUUCCUGAUGCCAUUGACCCGAUUGAGCAGAUUGCAGACCGCCGCCCUCCAGUGAACAGUGAACGAGAUGGCGCUACUGUGGAAUUCAAUCUGGACGCAUCUACGGCGUGGCACGCCGAUCUCUCAGACGACAACUCAAUAUCGGAGCUGUUGUAUGGUGCAAACCCUCCAAUUUUCGACCAUAACCCAGACGGCGAGACCGCGACGGAGGUCCUGCCCAGUCCGCCUUCGACCAUUGAUCCAGCUUCCCUGAUGGACUGCGCAUCGCUUUCCUCUUCAGAGUUUCCCGACAGCUACCUUCUACCCUUGAGCGACCUGAAGCUUCUCACUGGACUGCUUCGGGUAGCCACUCGACUAGGUUCGGAGUCUGUCAUGUGGGAUCCUGCGGCGACUUCGCCGUUCAACCUAGGGGCGGGGACGCCGGUCGAGCAGCUGCCCGAGAUGUGGAAGCCGACGGCGGCUCAGGUCCUGGUGCCUCAUCAUCCGAUCAUGGACUUCCUGCCGUGGCCGGGCGUCCGCGAUCGGAUCAUCAACCUGUUCAGUCUCCCUGACGGGGCGAGACCGCCCGCAGCACGAGGCCAGCUGGGCCUGGUCAACUUUGCCUACGACCUCGAAGAUUCAAGUGAAGGGGCUCGUAUCUGGGGCGGAGACCCGUACGAUGCGUCAUGCUGGGAAGUAGGUCAGGUCCUUUUCGAGAGAUGGUGGUUCUUGUUCGACAGGAGUGUGAUUGCACAGAGCAAUAAGUGGCGGUCGUUGAGGGGUGCCGAGGCAUUGCAGAUGCGGCCAGGCAGUGUGGUCGACUUGACCGAUGCCGUUUAA